ACCCCCGAGAGAGAUGGGUAUGCCAACCUGACGCUCAGUGUUCACAGUGCUAGGUCAGUGGAAGAAUUCUGUCGAGCCAGCUACUGCCUUUCAGGGAGAUGGAUUGGCUACAGUGACAAGAGAACCCCUCUUGAAUUGUGGACACCAGAACUGGACUCAGUAUUCCUGCAGCGGUGGCACCAGCUCCAAAUACAGAGCUUCCUAUCCUGCAUACGGUGCCUUUGCUGAAGUGCUGCACAUGGUGGACCUGAGAAACCCCCAGGACACAUUCCGGGAUGGCAGCUAGGUGACGACAGCUGAGGAUGACCCUGACUGAAAAGCUGCGCGAGAAGAUAUCGCGGGCAUUCUACAACCACGGGCUGCUGUGUGCUUCAUACCCCAUUCCCAUCAUCCUCUUCACUGGCCUCUGUAUCCUGGCUUGCUGCUACCCACUUCUUAAGCUCCCUUUACCUGGAACGGGCCCUGUGGAGUACAGCACCCCAGUGAAGGAUUACUCACCACCGUCUUCAGAGCCAGGCCACCAGCAAGGAGAGCCUAGUGAGAGACCUGAUUGGUACCUGGGUGCUCCCGUGGCCUACAUCCAGCAGAUCUUGGUGAAAGCCACGGUCUCGCCAUGGCACAAGAACUUCCUCACUGUGGACGUGUUCCGCUCGCCGCUCUCCCGCAUCUUCCAGCUAGUGGAAGAGAUCAGAAACCACGCCCUGAGAGACAGUUCUGGGAUCAGAAGUUUGGAGGAAGUCUGCCUUCAGGUGACAGACCUCCUGCCCAGCUUAAAGAAGCUGCGAGACCUGCUACCUGAACAUGGCUGCCUCCUGCUGUCUCCAGGGAACUUCUGGCAGAAUGACCGAGAACGCUUUAACUCCGACCCUGAUAUCAUCAAAACUAUCCACCAGCAUGAACCAAAGACACUGCAGACAUCGGCUACCCUCAGAGAUCUCUUGUUUGGCGUCCCGGGGAAGUACAGCGGCGUGAACCUGUACAACAGGAAGCGGGUGGUAUCCUACACUGUCACUCUAGCUCUCCAGCGAUAUGAUUCCAGGUUCCUCACUAGCCUCCGCUCCCGGCUGAAGCUGCUGCACCCUAGCCCCAACUGCACCCUGCGAGAGGAGCACAUCGUUCACGUCCACUUCAAGGAAGAGAUCGGCGUUGCUGAGCUGAUCCCCCUCGUCACCACCUACAUCAUCCUCUUCGCUUACAUCUACUUCUCCACACGGAAGAUUGACAUGGUGAAGUCAAAAUGGGGCUUGGCCCUGGCAGCGGUUGUGACGGUGCUCAGUUCUCUGCUCAUGUCGGUGGGUCUGUGCACGCUGUUUGGCCUGACACCUACUCUCAAUGGAGGGGAGAUUUUUCCGUACCUGGUGGUGGUGAUUGGCCUGGAGAAUGUGCUGGUUCUUACCAAAUCAGUCGUCUCCACGCCCGUCGACCUGGAAGUGAAACUGAGGAUCGCACAAGGCUUGAGCAAUGAGAGCUGGUCUAUUAUGAAGAACAUGGCCACAGAGCUUGGGAUCAUCCUGAUUGGUUAUUUCACGCUUGUCCCGGCCAUCCAGGAGUUUUGCCUCUUUGCUGUGGUUGGCCUGGUGUCCGACUUCUUCCUACAGAUGUUUUUCUUCACCACCGUGCUGUCCAUUGACAUUCGCCGGAUGGAGCUCGCUGACCUGAACAAACGGCUGCCAGCAGAA